GACGUACCAUGUUUUGGUGGUAUUUACCACAAUCGGUUUUGACAGUUUGAUCAAGAAGUAAUAAGGAGAGAUAACAAUGGCCUCAUCUGCCAAACGCUUUUGUACAAUCUGCGAUGAUGACGCAAUUUCCAACGAAGCAGUCACGUGGUGCACCGAAUGUGAUGUUUUAUUGUGUAGUGCCUGCGAAAAACCUCAUAGAAAGUCAAGACUGUCGAAGAACCAUAAAACAAUGUUGGCUGACUAUUAUGCAGAGUUACCUCCAUUCAUUCAAGAAAUAAGUAGUCAAUGCAAAGAUCACGACACAAAGUUUGAACUUUAUUGUUCUUUUCAUGACUGUCCCUGCUGUGUCAAUUGCAUCACCGAUAAACACCAGCAAUGUCAAGAAAUGAAACCACUAUCAGACAUUCUAUCAAAUUUUAAAUCAUCAGCUUCAGUUCAUCAUCUCCAAAAAGAUCUCGAGGAUUUGAAAGAAAAUUUAUAUGAAGCAAUAAAAUACUUGGAAACCAGAAUCAGUAUAAACAAUAUUCAGAAAAAAAAUGCCAUUGAGGAAAUCCGGAAUAUGCGAAAGUCGAUCGAUGACUACUUAAACAAACUAGAGCAAAAAACGAUAAGUGCCUUGGAGUCUACGCAUGCAAACCUAAAAUCAAACAAGAGUACUCUCAUCCAACAAAUGGAACAGCGAGCCUGUCAGAUAGAGCAAUGUCAAAACGAGUUUUCCAAAAUGAUACAAUAUGCAACAGAGCUACAGAUGUAUAUUGGUCUGAGAGAGAUUGAGAAAACCACUUCACAAAUAGCAAAAUAUAUAGAUGAUUUAAAAAAAGGAGACCAUUUAUAUGAUAAAGAUGUAGAAGUAAGGAUUUCAUCUCCUCUUCAGUCGAUCUUACAAGGUGUCAAAUCAUUUGGAGAUAUUAAUAUAAUUACCAGACCUUCUACUCUCCGAGUAAAGACCAGACGAAAUGAUCAAGCCCAGCACUUGCUUCUAAACAUUCCUGAUGUUGAACAAAUUAAGCCAUCUUUCCUUAAAAUUCUGACAAUUCCAGAUUUAUAUGAAGAAUGCUCAUUUGUAGGGGCCUGUCUAGUGUUACCCGAUAGUAAUUUCCUCAUACUAAGCGUGCACAGUAGAAAAUUACUGCUGUUCAGUAAUGAUGGCAUCUUUAUGAAUGAAGUGAUAACAUUCACAAAAAAUCCUUCGAAUGCUUGCUUUAUUCAAAAUGAUAAGGUGGCUGUCACAUUUCAAACACUUAAUUUUGCCAUGUUUACGGAAUUGGUGGAUAUUAAAAAGAAAAAAAUUAUUAAAACAAUUAAACUUUCGCAUGACUGUUGUGGAGUAGCAAGUGAUGGUAAAAUAUUGGUCAUUAGCAGUAAAAAUAAAAGUACCAAAGUAAAUCUGUCUGACAUGUCUCUAACAAUCUUAGGAGGAGUGAGGGUAGGUCAUAUUUCGUUAUUCAAAGAAAAAAUCUAUGGUACCAUUGACACUGAAAACAAACUCUGCUGCUACACCAGUACCGGAGAACAUAUCUGGACAUUUCAGCACCAUGACAUUGCCGAACCACUAGGACUUACAUUGGACAAACAUGGUUUAGUUUACAUUGUUUCUAACCAUAACAGCAGUAUCGUGGUCGUAUCACCAGAUGGUAAAACCUGUAAGACAAUAUUAUCAAAGACUGAUGGAGUAAAAAGUCCUUAUGCCAUAGAUAUCAAUAGGGAAAAAGGAUUGAUGAUAGUGUCAAGUGAUAUAAGUGGUGAUUUUGAUGUUGAAACCUCUGAUUCAGCUUGUAUUUAUGAAAUUCAAAUUGUGUGAUACCUUUUUUUAAAUAUUAUGAAUGAAUGUUUAUUUGUGCAUAAUAUAUCUUAGGGACUGGUAAUUCUCUUGAUUAGGGGACCUGGGAGGAAAUCUCUGAAUAUCUCUUAAACAAAAGUUCAAGUUACAUCUUGAAUAAAAUAGAAAAUAAAUUCAAGACCCUUUUCCAAAGACAUAAACAUUUCGCCAUAUUCAGGGGCUAGGGGUGAUAACAUGAAAUUUUUCAGGAUAUGCCUGCUAUGGUCUCACUAAGUUACUCAACAUCAACCUCAUUCAAAUUUGGCACUUUUUUGUUCUUUUGUUCUUUCCUUUGUUGGAGUAGUUAGGAAAUAAACUUCUGUUUAAAAUUGACAUGUUCAACCUAAUGAUGUGAGGUAAGUAAGCCGAGUGUGACUUCAAUAAUUGUUUUUUUUUUUUUUUAAAGGGUCUUAUGGGUGUGACACUGACUGCAUGCAUUUAUUUCUUCAUUUCAUUAAUGGAAAUUAUCCAAAUAAAGACUCAAGAGUAUCAAAA